CACCCUCACUGUCCCUGUCGCCUCCUCCUUCCCCCCCCAACUCUCCCUCACACCUUCUCUCCAUUCCUGCCCCCCACUCUCUCUCCUUCGCCUUUCUCAUGUCACCAUUUGCUUUUCUCUGUCACUCGCAUUUCCUCCCUCUCUGUCUCUCUGUCUCUCUCUCUCUGUCUCCCUGCUCCUACCACCUCCCUCUCACACAACUGUCUCCUCUAGUCGCUGUUUCCCUCUCUCUUUCUCUCUCUCUCUCUCACUCACUCACUCACUACUCUGUCCGCAACCUCCAGUACAAAAUCCAGCCGAAACCCUCCGGAAUACCCGAGGAUGUUUUUGGAAGGUUUGGAGCUGGUUUCUGCGGUGGCUACGGUAACUGCUUGCCUGGUGUCUGUGGCUCUGCUGGCUGCUGUCUCCAGACAACUUUGGCAAUUCCGCUGGACGGUGACCCGGGACAGAAGCUGCAAUUUGCCGAUUCCUAAGGGCUCUAUGGGAUUACCUCUCAUCGGAGAAACCUUCCACUGGCUGGUCGAGGGGUCCAGAUUCCACUCAUCGAGACGUGAAAAAUAUGGCAAUGUGUUCAAGACGCACCUUCUAGGCCGCCCCCUGAUCCGUGUGACCGGCUCUGAGAAUGUGAGGAAGAUCCUGAUGGGUGAACACACUGUGGUGAGCAGCCAGUGGCCCCGCAGUACCAGGAUGCUUCUGGGUUCCACCAGCCUGGUCAACUCCAUUGGUGAUAUUCAUCGCCACAAGAGGAAGAUCUUUGCCAAGGUUUUCAGCCACGAUGCCCUGGAAUGUUACCUUCCCAAGAUCCAGCAAGCUAUCCAGGAUGGUAUCCGAGACUGGAGCAGCAGUGGAGAAGCCAUCACAGUUUACCAGGAGGCUAAGAAACUGACAUUCCGCAUUGCAGUCCGGGUAUUACUGGGAUUCCGUGUUUCCGAGGCUGAACUAAAUCUUCUGUCGGAAAGUUUUGAACAGCUUGUUGCCAAUCUCUUCUCCUUACCUCUCGACUUUCCAUUUAGUGGUUACAGGAAGGGUAUGCGAGCCCGGGACAAUCUUCAUAAGUAUCUGGAAAAAGCCAUCAGUGAGAAACUACAGUGCAAACAAGAUAAAGAUUACUCUGAUGCAUUGGACAUCCUGAUAGACAGUGCCAGGGAGCAAGGGAAAGAGUUCACCAUGCAGGAGCUGAAGGAGUCCACGGUGGAACUGAUCUUUGCUGCCUUCGCAACCACCUCCAGCGCGACGACAUCGCUGAUCCUCCAGCUCCUGCAGCACCCCGUGGUACUGGAGAAGUUGCGGGAGGAGCUGAGGAGCAACGGGCUCCUUCACAAUGGCUGCAAGUGUGAGGAGACCCCCAGGAUGGCUGUGGUGGCACGCCUCAAGUAUCUGGACUGCGUCAUCAAGGAGGUUCUACGUCUGCUUCCACCCGUCUCGGGCGGUUACAGGACAGCACUGCAGACCUUUGAGUUGGACGGGUGUCAGAUUCCCAAAGGCUGGAGCGUUCUGUACAGCAUCCGGGACACGCAUGACACGGCUCCCAUAUUCCAAAACGUUGAGGUCUUUGACCCUGACCGCUUCGGAGAAGAUCGGGAUGAGAACAAAGGCGACCGGUUCAGUUACAUCCCGUUUGGAGGGGGCGUCAGGAGCUGCCUGGGCAAAGAGCUGGCCAAGCUCAUCCUGAAGGUGCUGGCAAUGGAGCUGGCCAGCACUAGCAGGUUCGAGCUGGCCACCAGGACUUUCCCCCGCAUGUUGACGGUGCCGGUUGUUCACCCUGUGGACGGGUUGAAAGUCAAAUUCUCUGGACUCGAUUCCAACCAGAACGAGAUAGACCCAGAGACAGAGUCAAUGCUGGGCUCCACAGUGUAACAGGGCCAGCCCCAGUAUUCUGCCACCUCUCACCAAACCCCACUGAAGCAACAAUGAUAAAACAAGUACACCUGAAUUUAAAAAAAAAAACUCUUUGAUAAACUAACGAAUAAGGCAAUAAAAGCCAAAAUAGCCCUUUGAGAAAACCUGCUUACUGAAUUUUCGUUGUGUCUGGUAUUAUAAGAGAAGGCGAUUACGGAUGGAAAAAAAUUCACGGGACAGUUACAAAGAGAGAAUUACAACUGAGAAGGCAAUGAAUUGUAUUUCUGGACAAAUGGAAGGGAUAGGGAGCGGAGGAGGAAGAGAAGCAUUAGAAGAGGAUUUGACCAACCUGAGUUGGAGAAACAAGAGAGAGAGCGAGAGAUGAGAGAGAGGGGAGGAAAAGAUAUCAGAAGAAAGUUGGUGGAAGAGAAAACCUUUUGAGAUCAACGGAAGACAAAAGACUAUCUUUUAAAAAAAAACACAUAUAUAUCCUGCGUUCCUACUUAAAGUAUAUAUA